UUUUUUAACUUUCUUACUUCCAAAUCGAGACCAUCCGCUUUGGGUAGUGACUUGACGUGUGAAGGCGCAAGGGGAAGAGGAAGACGGUAUGGCGGCAGUCACCAACACCUCCUCCAUCAGAACAACAACGGACCCUCAAUUCGAUCUUGUAAAGCAGGUGAGAAGCCACGAGGUUGCAGUAGCCGAGCUGAACAAUCUUUCCUCUUCUCGGCCUGUCUAUCAGAAAAAUGGUAACCUAUUCUUCCGUACUACUAUUCAGAAGGCAACAACAUCUGAACAGAAACAACUGGAUUUAGCCAAAGCUAAGCUAGAAAGACUGCAUUCACCCUGAUUACAUUUGGCUGACUGUUGUGGAGACUGCAUGUAUGAUUUGCUGCUGUGGGAGCGAAAAGGGCUUUACUCGUUGUCGUUGGCAACUAUUAAGUGAAGUGUCCAUGCAAAUGCUGUAUUGUCUUCUGGAAUUUGGCAAGGCAAACUUGUCUAUAUUACAACUAUUCAAAAAAAAAAAUCAUGUACUGGAAUGAUGAUAUUUGAACCGUACACUCCUGUGUCGUAUGGUUUUAGGGCAAAAUGUAUAUUUCAGUCUCUUUUAUUUUGG